UUUAACCGGAAGGCAUCACCCACGGCGUCCCCAACCGUAAAGAAGGCCACCAAGGGCUCCAAGCCAGCUAGACCGCCUGCCCCAGGACACGGCUUCCCGCUCAUCAAACGCAAGGUUCAGGCUGACCAGUACAUCCCCGAGGAGGACAUCCAUGGAGAGAUGGACACCAUCGAGCGCCAGCUGGAUACCCUGGAACACCGUGGGGUCCUGCUGGAGGAGAAGCUGCGUGGUGGAGUGAAUGAGGGCCGUGAGGAUGACAUGCUGGUGGACUGGUUCAAGCUCAUCCACGAGAAGCAUCUGCUGGUUCGGCGGGAGUCCGAGCUCAUCUAUGUCUUCAAGCAGCAGAACCUGGAGCAGCGCCAGGCCGACGUGGAGUAUGAGCUCCGGUGCCUUCUCAACAAGCCAGAAAAGGACUGGACAGAGGAGGACCGGGGCCGAGAGAAGGUGCUGAUGCAGGAGCUCGUGACCCUCAUCGAGCAGCGCAACGCCAUCGUCAACUGCCUAGAUGAGGACCGGCAGAGGGAGGAAGAGGAAGAUAAGAUGUUGGAAGCCAUGAUCAAGAAGAAAGAGUUCCAGAAGGAGGCUGAACCCGAGGGCAAGAAGAAGGGGAAGUUCAAGACCAUGAAGGUGCUGAAGCUGCUAGGAAACAAGCGUGAUACCAAGAGCAAGUCCCCGGGAGACAAGAGCUAACGGCGCGGGCUGCCAGCUGGGGACUCCACCGCUCCUGGCUCGGCCGCUGGGCUGUGCUCUGCCAGGGAUGCCCAGCUUCCCUUCAGGAUCCGUCGAGGGGAAAGAUGACUUAAGGGGAGGGAGCCUCUGGGUGAUGGCCUCUCCCUCCUCAGGGUCCUCUGGCUGGUCUGGGCCAAAGAGUUUUCUUCCCUCUCCUCUGAGCCACCGGCAGCUGCGCCUCAGCCCUGCGCAGCCUGCUUGUGCUGACCCCAGAUGCUGUGACUGACCCCGGGAGCGAGCCGGCUCGUGGGUCCGGGGAGCGGCCGCAGCCGAGCACCCCGCCCCUCGUCGCACCCAGCACCUGGCCUGCCGCGCCGGCAGCUCCGUGGUCCCUCUUCCCUUCUGUAGCACGUGCAGGGGAGCCUUACCUGUCAGAGCCUUUGGGGCUUUCUGCCCACGAGGUCGGCCCGGGGUGGGCCUCUGGCCUGGGUCUCCCGCCCCUGCCCUGCUUCUGAGUCCCUGUCUUCCUUUCGGUGCAGGCGGCCCUGACUCUCUUUCUCCUCACUCAGGACCUCUAUUUAUGAAGUCUCUUAAUUAAGUUCGAGGUAGUUACUGUGUCCUUAGACACGAAUGGGCCUGGACGGAUCCCUCCCUCUGUUCCUCAGAGUUCUAGGAGCUUCCCUCAUCUGCCCUCAUUCUGUAGGAGGUCUCCUGUCCAGGACACCGUGCUGGGGUGGGCGGGAGCCAAGCGCUGAGCCCCCGCGGGGAGGGUCGCGGGGAGGCAGGCCCCAGCUGCAGUUCUGGCCUCUGCCCUGCAGCCAGCUCAGCGCAGGCGGGGCUGCUGCCAUAGGUGCUAACCCUGGUCCUUCACCACGCUGCAGCCGGCCCCUCCUUUAGGCUCUCCCCGCCACCCCAGGCCUGGGGCGCAGUGGGCCCACUCGCCAGCCUGUCUUCUCACACUCGUCUGUUGUCUGUUCUCUCCCGACUUGCUGCUGCCGGAGGACUCGUGGUCACUCAGCCCCUGGGACGGCUGUGGGAGCGGAGGAGCCGAUGGGGACCACCACCUUCCCCCCAGGGGGUGUGCCCAGCAGCUCUUGGUCAAAGCACCGUUGCUGUAAGCGAUUUCCGGGGUGCCUCUAGGGCCCCCUUCCCUCAGCACACCUAUGGCGAGAGGUCGCACUGUAUUAAUUUGAGAGGGUUUUUCUCACCGACAGUAAAUGGAGACCACCUCAGUCGCCAGUGCCCUGCAGCCUCGAGGCACCUUCCCCUCGCCAGGCCUGCCUUCUUCCCCGCCUCUGCCAGGCCUCGAGGCCGGCACCUCUGCUUGCCCAGGGGGGCGUGGAGGGGCUGUCCACCGCCGGGGGCCCCGGCCCCCACUGCCUGCCUCUCGGGCAGGACCCCUUCCUCUGCAGGGACAGGUGGCUCCCGUGCCUGUGCAGCCCCCGGCCACCCACUUCCUGACAUGCCUGUUGACCUGCAGCUGGGGUCACCAACCCCAGCGGCCGGUGACACACGUGAACCGGGCUGGGGGUGUCCUGAGGGACGGCCCCAACACCCGGGUGGUGGGGACUGGGGUGAAUGGGGGUGGGCAUGCCGCAACUAGAGGGGAAGUUCUCCCUCAUUUAAGUCAACUGUAGCCUGUGGGAUGUGGGCCCAGUGGGGCCAGAUCUUUCCAUUUUUCAAGAGAAACUGGAAAUCCAGAUGGUGCGUGUGUGUGAUUUGUAAAUGUUGGCAACUGAUCCGAAUUUAAAUCAAGGGUAGGCUGCUGUGGUGUCACGGGUGGGCUGACUUUGUCCUGGGCUCUCGGGUUCGCUGCCCCUGGGCCACGUGC